AUGUCAACUCAAGUCAAUGUCGAAAAAAUGCAGCUUGUCAAGCCCGAUAGCCGCUUUUGUGCGAGAUCUUCCCGGCUGAAGGGUACAGCCGUCAACCGGUCAGCCGUUGAGGUAAUACGAGCCUUGGCUAGUCGCGGAACAGUCGUCUACCGUGUCUAG